AUGAGAUUUAGGCGUAGUGACAAGCUUUCACCUAGAUACAUUGAGCCUGUUGAUAUCACUGAGAGAAUUGGCAAGGUAGCUUAUCGCCUUGCAUUACCACCACAAUUGUCUAGGGUUCAUGGUGUGCUCCAUAUCUCUGUGUUGAGAAAGUAUCAGCCGAACCCUUCACACGUAUUAGAUUGGACUGACUUAGAGGUUGAUGAGGAUGCAUCCUACGAGGAGUGUCCAACACGAAUUUUGGACUCUAGAGAGCAAGUGUUGCGGGGUAAAACCAUUCUGCUCUUAAAGGCGUUGUGUAGGCAUCAUGGGGUUGAGGAAGCGACUUGGGAAUGA